CUCAAAUUAAAAUAUGUGAAUAUACAAAGGCAAAAUCUUUCUUGGACAUUAAUCAUCAAUAAUCUCCACCCUUGAACAACCCCAACCUCCCCUUAUAAGAAGCCAUGAUACUGUGGCAGAGGCUCAUGUAGAAUCUAUAGGCAGAAAUCAACAACUUUUUGUUUCCUUACUUAGUAUACCUUCCAUGGAGGAUCAAUCAUGGAAGGCCUACUUCUCCCAUCAACCUCCUCCAAAACCUUGCCUAACCAAAAUAAUAUUGGAUCUUAAGAAGAGAGAACUAGCGAGGCCCACAUUUGUAUGCCUACAAUGCACCAAGGAGUCUAGUUCCCAACAAGCCAUGGCUUCCCACUGCAAACAACAUGUCCAGGCCGGCAUGCCUAGGGGGACAGUUGAGCACAUUAAGUAUUAUCCAGACCACACAUAUUUUUUCUUAUGCAGUGAUGCUCAACCAAGUUCAUCAUCUGCUGCUGGAGCAUUGACACAAGGGCCAAACCAGGCCAAGCAAGUACCUUGGCCAAGUUACAAAACUGUUUUUGCUUAUGCUGGAAGUCCUUUCAUGACACAUCUAGCAAGUCUGGUAAGAGACAACAGUAACAGUGUUGCUCCAAGGACAACACCUAUUGGAGUCAAGCCUAACAUUGACCUGGCCCUACGGUUGGGUCCCUCUCUUGGUACAUCUGAUGGCUCCACCAUACAGGCCAGGUCGGAUGACAAUCUGGUGGCUAGAUUCAAUAAGUAGUGCUGAAUACAUGGUGACAACUCCAAGGGGCGAAAUGCUGAUCUGCAGGCCAUGGGAUAAAAGAAAGCAAGAAUCUAGAGCUUAUGUUAUGAAUAUUUAAAUUUUUGUUACAACUACCUUUUAGAAUAAAAAUUAUAUCUAGUUUCUUACAGUUUUAGGCUGCUUUAUGUUUCUGCAGUUCUGCUAUGGAAUAAGUUUGAUGUAUGAGAUGUGCACACAUUUGUGCUGCAUGUUGCACUUGCUAAUAUUAUACUAGGUCAUAGAAUGUUAGCUUCUUUUCUAUGAUUAAUUUACUUCUUGGCCAGAUUCAAAUUUCCCUGAAUUUGGAUAUUAUAUAUAUUGUCUAAAGGCAUGUCACAAAUAUAUGAACCUUCCAUAUUCAUGAGUUUCAUGUGGGAAUGUAAUGUAUUGGAAUUAAAAUGAAGUUAUGUGAUAUGAGAACUAAAUAAGGUGCUACAUCGAUUUAUUAACAAUUUAACAUUUGUUCCAUAUUUUGAAGUAUAUAAAUGUGGUGUUUAUGCUAUAUCUUUCCUGUGGUGCUGCUUGUUGUCGCAUGGAUUGUUUAUGGUAGGUAGUAGGUGGUGAUGGCCAUAUCUAGGCUUUAUAUUCCACCACGUGUUCUAAUAGGUAAGUUAAUAAAGGCCCCACAAAAACAUAGUUGCUUCGGGCCAGACCUUUGUCCUCUUGCUGUUUCAUGUUUCACCUUGUGUACCCAUUGUGUGGACUCAAUCUACUUGCUACAACUCUCUGAUUAAGAUAGAACCAAAGAAGCAAAGUUGGGUCAUAGGAACCUUAUACCCUCUUGUUGUCCUCCCAUCUAGCUAUAACUAUCUAGUUAUUUUUAUCUUCAUGUCUUGGACUUGUUUCAUCACUCUUCCUAUCCAAAUUUGAUUACCCCCACUAUACUAUUGAUAACUAAGUUGUGGCAACACUUAGAUAUCUCAUUUGUUGUCAUUCCUAGCUACCGUUUCUCCUAUGGAAUAAAUAAAAAGCUGAUGAUACAUUUGAAUACUCUUGAUGAAGUGAUACAAUUGUAUUCUGUGUGCUUGCAGAAUUUUCUACUUAAGCAUAAGAAAUACAAACGAUGUUGUAGAGGAACCUUGUCAUGAAACAUAUGCCCUUGCCUAACCUCCUUUCGUGAAUACUCCCAUGACGAACAAUGACCAUCGUCGACCAUCAUGGCAUUUGGUAUGAUGUGAGACCAACUCUCAAGGAUUUCGGUCACAUAAUGAAAGCACCUAUUAGCAAAUUCAUCUGCAAAGACAAGGUGCUCAUGAUCAGUUAGAUGAUUCUAUCAGCCUCCACAUCAUGCUCAGCUUCUAUCUGCCAACCAUAUUCUUCCUCUUCUGCAUCCUGUGUCGUGUUCCACCUCAUCAUUGCAAACAUAAGUCUACUCGGUGUUUGUGGACUCUAAGUUCUC